UGUUUUCUCUUCAUUCUUCUCAGUUCCACUCUCUUGCUUUUGGUCAUGGAUGUUUGCCGGAAUAUAUCACUUUCCGGUGAGUGUAAGCAAGAGCUUUCUACCCUUGAUGACCUUUUCUCUGCUCAGAACACAUGUAUGCAGGAAGUGGAUUUUGGCAUGGAAUGGUUGUCAGUGUAUGUGGAAGACUGUUUUUCAAGUAGGCCAAGUUGCCUCUUGGCACCAGCUAGUGUUCAAACUACAAGCACAAGCUCUAAACCUUCAAGCACAAUGAAAAGACCCCAGCAAAAUCAAUCUCCUUUGCAAAAUUUUGCAGUGCCUGGGAAGGCCAGAAGCAAGAGGAAAAGGCUUUCAGCCCCUAGAACCAAAAGCACUUGGUCACACCAUUUAAGCCCAAAAAGUGAUAAUGGAUUGAGUUCAGACCCUCUUUUACUUAAACAGGCUUAUUGGUUGGCUGAUAGUGAACUCAUUGUCCCUAAAAAGAAGGAUAAGCAUGAAGGGGUAACUAAAGUUGGAGAAGUGGAAAAGGAGGGGAUUGAGAAGGAGAGCUUGGGGGAUUCUUCUGAGCUUGAUGUUAACAAUAAUGGGCAGCAUCAAAUUCCAAGGAAAUGCACCCAUUGUUUGGCUCAGAAGACCCCACAAUGGAGGGCAGGACCAUUGGGUCCAAAGACACUAUGCAAUGCAUGUGGGGUGAGGUACAAAUCUGGUAGGUUGUUGCCAGAGUAUAGGCCAGCAAAGAGUCCUACUUUUGUUAGCUACUUGCAUUCCAAUUCACACAAGAAAGUCAUGGAGAUGAGAAUGGCUGUUCUAUGAUCCAUUGUUCCUAAGAAGUAGUGAAGUGAUUACUAUAUAUUUUUAAUGUAAAUCAAACUGGAAUAUUAAGGAACAAACUAUUUGGAAACAGAGAUAUCAUUAAGGGGGAGGGGAAUAGUGCUAAUGUAACAUCUACAUAUUUAUGGCUUAAUAUCUAAUUUCAU